CUUGAUUUCAUUCGUCGUUGCCUUUAUUGCAAACUCUCUAAUAAUAAAUUGAACUGAUUUUUAAAGUAAUGCAAUAGACGAAAGACGCUCUCUCUUAGUCUUGUAUUCAAUAAAUGUAAAUAUCGCACAGGAUCUUCUGGAAACAUAGUUUAAAGUUACGAAAAUGGUUGAGGAUUCAAGUCUGAAUUCUAACAAAUCAAAGACAAAAACAACACGCCCCAAAGCGGUGUACUUGUGGACGGAGGCCGAUGUACAGAAAUGGUUAAGACGACACUGCAGUGAUUAUUACAAUCUGUACUGGGAGAAAUUCCAUGAGCAUGACAUCACAGGCAGAGCUUUAGUAAGAAUUAAUGAUAACACGCUGCUACGCAUGGGAAUUAUGAACAAGGAACAUCGGGAAGCAAUAUGGAGGGAGAUACUCAAGUUGAGAUUGAAGGCAGACAUUGUGGAGAUAAGAGACUUGGAGAGGAGACACAACUACUUCAACUAUGAUUUGUGACAAAAGGACACUUGUGACAGUAAUGGAAUAGAAUGGAAGGACCGUUACCCAUUACUCAAGAAAUACUAUAAAAACUAUAAAAUAUACAAUAAACGCAGUGCUGUAGCUCAUCUUUACCGUGC